CUUCUCCGCUCACCACGUUUGUAUAAUGUCCCACCCGCACGAAUCAAUGUUCCCACCCAACGUGGCCGAAUCAGAAAGUAAAAGCAAGCCAACCCACCCAUAUAAGCCAAGCAAGCCAAUACUUGGGUUUUCAACGUGGUCAACCCAACUAUUAGACAAGGUUCCUGGCUAUGGAGGAAAACACAUACAUCCUUGGUUUAACGAAAACAAUAUAAAGCAAAUAUCAGAUAUCAUGAAACAACGGUUUCCUGCGUAUACCUAUAUUAACUUGGACUCUGGAUGGUCGGAUGGUGUCGACGAAUUCGGCAGGUGGACGUACCGCAAAGAUCUGUUCCCUAACGGGAUGAAAGCUCUAUCUGACUAUUUAGCAAGGAAUGGACAUAAGCUCGGAUUGUAUAUUCUACCGGGUAUCAGAUCUGAGGCUGUCGAGGGCGCUAACCGGAUAUACGGCACAGAAGUCCAGUUUACUGAUAUUGUUGUAAACAAACUAGACGGCAACGGCUUCAAAGGAUCAACUUUCGCGCCUGAUCAGCACGAUCAAAGUAUACAGCAAUAUUACAAUUCUAUAGCUGAUCAAUUUGCUGAAUGGGGAAUUGGUUAUGUCAAGGUCGAUGGCUGUGGCCCGGGAGGUGGAGAUCGAUGGUACCCGUUCCAGUCGCCAGACAAUCGAGAAUGUCUCACCAUGAUGUACAAUGCCUUCCAGAAACAUAACAUUUGGAUGGAAAUAUCGUGGUAUUUAGAUCCUACGUACGCAGAAGAUUGGGUCAAUAUCUGCAACGGUGUCCGUGUUUACGUUGAUAUUGAAUCGUACUCUGCAAGCACUAUGACCACACCGUAUCGUGUAUUUCGACGCAUGGCAUUGACUGAAAAAUGGGCAAAAACUGGGCUUGUUGGAGCCGAGCAUGGCAUGUUUGUCGACUUGGACAUUGUAGCAGUUGGAAUGACUUCCAAUGGUCAAUGUGUGGACGGCUUGUGGUCUGACGGGAUUCGAAUGUCUUACAUAUCCUUUUGGGCACUAGUAAGCUCUGUAUUCUGUCUAGGCGCUGAUCCCAGAGCGAUUCCCGAUGUCUACAUCAAGAUGCUCAAUCACCCUGAUAUCUUGUACAUUCAUCAAAGUGGCAUUAUGGCACAACCGAUCGGAUCUGGCGAUGCGAGCAAAAAUCGAAAGCAAGUAUGGUGGAAGACCUUACCAGACGGACGGAUCUGCGUUGGUUUAUUCAAUUCUCAUGUGUAUCCUAUCAUGUAUGGAGUGCCUCAUGAAGUUUCCUUCACCUUUGCUGACAUGGGCAUGACUGGCGGCACUCUAUAUGAUGUGUGGGAAGGGAAGGACCUAGGAAAUCAUAACGACGAGUACAAAAUUAAAUUAAGCGCGGGCGAAUGUCAAGUCCUCUUCAUCGCACCUUACAAAUAGAUUUUUGUUGUUAGUAAUGUGUACCAUUUUUGUUAUCAAACUGUUGCCAUAGAUCUCGUCAUUUCCUAUAACUUAUUGAGACUUUCUCCGCUGUUUAUACUGUCCAAAAAUGCCGAUAAAUAAAACUUUCUACGUGUACUGUCUGCCACCAGCAAACAGCUUGGUGUGAUCAAAAUCUACAACGGCA